AUGUCCGAUGAAGUAUUCGGCAAGAUAGCCAUACCACCAGAAGCUUCAGCACAAACAAUUUCCCAUCUUGCUCAAGGACAUUUCAUGGUUUCAAGGUACAGAGAGUCCCUUGCAUAUUAUGAAAGCUCUCGGAAGUGGAGAGAAAGUGUUGGUUGUGGUUGCCUUGUUCACGUUCACAUGUGGGUGAUGGAAGAGUAUGGUGUGGCCAAAUCAUGGGCUAACCUAUUUGCAAUAUGCCUGGAACUGGAUCUAGGCGUUUCUACACUGAUUGGUUGUAGAAAAAGUGGUGAAGAAGUUGUGCUCAGAAUCAGAAUGAUGGCUGACAACGGUGAAUAUCGGUCUGUGAACCCUAGGAAACGUGGAAUUGAAGGACAAUACGGGUGUUAUGCGGUCAUGGAUGAUUUAACACAGAGCGUUGUCUUGCUUGACCAGCCUAAUGUAUUUACAUGCUAA